GGUGCUCUGAAACAGUUCCCCUAGGGAAUCUGAUAGUCUUCCUCUAUGGGGUCCUUGAGCAGUCGCCUCCUGAGGGGCAGUACAUUAGGCACAACUGAUCCGCAUCAGCCAGAAGCCCAGGUAGGCCCCGGAGAUGUAUCCUCAGGCCGGAAACGGAAGCGGAGUGGACCCUCUCCCGACCCAGAGAACAGCCCCAAGCCUCUAGACCCAGAAGACAAUCUCCAGCAAGAAGCCACUACAAGCCGAAGUAAAAAAGUAAAGGUCACAUCUGAUUAUGCUUACCAUACUUUAUUUCUAAAUGGGGAAACCAGUGACAUUAAAAUCCGCGCUCUGGGGAGAGUGUGGUGUCUACACAGAAUGUAUUUAUGUCAGUCAGGCUACUUUGCUACUCUGUUUAAAAAUUCUUGCGAUGACUCUGACAAAGAUAUUAUCGACCUAGAGAUUCAGGACCACAAUAUUGACGUCGAGUCCCUGAACUUCGUGCUAGGUUCCUUGUACAGGGGUGAAUAUGACUUAACGGAGUCCCUUCAAAUUCCAAGAAUUUUGGCAACGGCAUGCCUGCUUCAAGUAGAGGACUUAAUUGAAGAGUGUGAGGAGACCUUGAAGGAGGCAGUUAACGUGAAAACUGUCUGUGGCUACUAUGCAACAGCAGAAGCCUAUGAGCUAGAGUCUCUGAAGACAAAAUGCUUUAACUGGCUUCUCCACAAUCUGAUGACGCAUCCAAAUGUUGAACUUUACAAAGCACUCAGUAUAGAGCUCAUGUGUCUGCUCAUUUCUUCAGCUAACUUACUAGUAAUACAAAAGGAAAUAGAUGUGUACACCACACUUAAAGAGUGGAUGUUCCUUCGUCUUAACCCGGCUUGGAAAGGAUCCGUAAAAAACCUUUUAGGCCAUGCAAACAAAUGGUUUUCCAGGCACAGAGGACGUAUUGCCAGCAUGGCCUUCCUUGAAACCAGACGAGGCAUACCAUUUCAAUCGGUGUUUAAAAAUUUGAGGCUUCAGCAUAUCAUCUGUGACCUGGCCUCCACAAGAGUUAUUGAGCACGAUACUCUAAUACCUUCAGACUGGUUAUCGCAAGCUUAUAAGCAACAGUGGUUUACCUUGCUGAGAGUACGACAAAGCCAGGAAAUUGGGCCCCGAUACACCAAUAAAAUAGAACUUGAAGAAUACAGCAUGAGAUGUGGGAAAAUGCUUGUCAAGAAGGGGAAGUUCUCCUGGAAGUGGUCGGGUUUCAACUUCGGCUUUCCUUUGCAUGUCAUCUUCACCAGCGAUUAUAUAAUUUUCAAGCAAAAUACCUUCCCUCAUUCAUGUGCGGGUUCAGUUUGUCUACGAUCUCUAAGAAAUAUUGCAUUCAGAUUAACUUUGGUAUAUUUCGAUUCAAGUGGAAACUUAAGUUUCAGCAAAACAACCGGUUAUAAGACUCUUACCUUCGAGAAUGAUGAGGAACACCUGGUAAUGAACUUAGAUAGCAAAUCUCUGAGCUUCCCUUUAUAUAUAUUCUGUAACUUCCUGUUUCUUGGAACGAAAGUUCCUGAUUCCACAGUUCCUCAGUUUCCCAAAACCUCUUCAUGCUUCAAGAUCCCACUUCAUCGUUGCAUAGCAGCCCACAGUAGACCUUUGGGGAAGUGCUGCUUCUUGGAAAGCAGCCAGGGGCCCCGGCCCUUCAAGUGCCCGCUGGACGGCUGCGGCUGGGCCUUCACCACCUCUUACAAGCUCAAGCGGCACCUGCAGUCGCACGACAAGCUGCGGCCCUUCGGCUGCCCGGCGCCGGGCUGCGGCAAGAGCUUCACCACCGUGUACAACCUCAAGGCGCACAUGAAGGGCCACGAGCAGGAGAACUCCUUCAAGUGCGAGGUGUGCGAGGACAGCUUCCCCACGCAGGCCAAGCUCAGCGCGCACCAGCGCAGCCACUUCGAGCCCGAGCGGCCCUACCAGUGCGCCUUCUCGGGCUGCAAGAAGACCUUCAUCACCGUCAGCGCGCUCUUCUCCCACAACCGCGCGCACUUCCGCGAGCAGGAGCUCUUCUCCUGCUCCUUCCCGGGCUGCAGCAAGCAGUACGACAAGACCUGCGGCCAGGAGCCCCAGGGCCUGACGCCCAGCAGCAAGCUGACCGUGGACACCGACGCGCUGACGCCGUCCAGCACCCUCUGCGAGAGCAGCGUCUCCGAGCUGCUGACGCCCAAGGCCGACUGGGCCGUCCAUCCCGACCCGGACUUCUUCGCGCAGGAGGACGAGGACGACGCCCAGUUCGGCUUCUCGCAUCCCAUAGGAAUGCAGAAGCCUGAGGUGAGCAUUCAGGUCAUAGGCAUCUGUUAA